UUGAAAUCAUUUGCUUUGUUGAAACCACACUCUCCCUUUUCUCUCUAUCUUGAUCUCCUUUAGUUGAAAAUACUAAAAAUCAUCCAAUCUUUCGACCAAAACCAAAUUCUCAGAAUUUGAAGCAUGACAGACCAAGAGGCUGCUCUUAUUAAUGGAGUAGAACAAAAGAUCUGUGAGGUACUUCCGUUUGUGGAUGAUGACUACGGAGGAGUGAUUGUGGAGAUGAAAACUCCUAUGGAUAAUAAGUCUUUCGUUGCAGCGUUAAAAUACUCAUUCGCGCAGUGGCGUUUACAGGGUAAAAAGGGAGUAUGGUUAAACUUGCCUCUCUCACAUGUAAACCUUGUGGAACCCGCGGUUAAGGAAGGUUUCCGGUACCACCACGCUGAGCUAACUUACCUGAUGCUAGUUUACUGGAUUCCCGAAGCCGAGAGUACUAAUUAAAAAAACUAGAGGCAGAUUCUUGUUGUGCAGGAAAAAUACGGUACAUUAUGCGGAACAGGUGUCUGGAAAAUCCCAACAGGAGUUGUUGACGAGGGUGAGGAUAUUUUCGCAGCAGCCAUUAGAGAAGUGAAAGAAGAAACAGGCAUCGACACAGAGUUUGUGGAGAUUCUAGCUUUCUGUCAAACCCAUGAGUCAUUUUUUGCCAAAUCAGAUUUAUUCUUCGUUUGUCUCCUGCGACCUACCUCCUUCGAUAUUCAAAAGCAGGAUUUAGAGAUCGAAGCAGCUCAAUGGAUGCGGUUCGAGGACUCUGCCUGUCAGCCUAUCACACAAAAGAACGAUCUCUUCAAAGCUAUUCACCGCAUUUGCUCAAUGAAAAUGGAAAAGAGCUACACUGGUUUUUCCACAAAACGUAUUACAUCUUUCUUUGUCGACAAGUUAGGUUAUCUCUACUCGAAUAAACUAGAAGAUAUGAACAAUCCUAUUUCUUAACUUCGUCUACGACCAUUAAGGUUUAAUCAUCAUGAUUAUUAAGAGACCGGACAAUACUUGGGUGAACCUGUGUAUUCACACCCCUUAUAAAAUAAGAAAACAAAAUGCGUAUAUAUCAUUGUAAAAUAAAAAUUCCAAACCGAUAUAUAAUUUC